AUGAGGAAGAGUGGAUGUGAGAAAAAAAAAGAUCAAGAUGUAACCAGAGUCUACCCUGUUACACUAUCUUUAACUUUGGUGAAGGGGGGACCUGUCGAGCGAGCGUUCAUUAUUGGGAUAUGGGAGAUGGAGAUAGUCGAUCGAAUUUCAUGGCUCAUCGAGAAAGAGGUCAAUCUCGUUGCUUUCCUGGAUUUGGGUAUUGGGGAUCUCUGA